AUGUCAUCCAUGGAGUUUCCCAUUCCCGAAGGCCAAUUCGAGCUAUAUGCAGACCUUUAUGCCAAAGAUGGUCGUGCGGAUGACCUUGAGAGAUAUCUCCGAAUUCUGGUUCGCUUGACAGAGUCAGAACCAGGAACGUUGGAAUAUGCCAUAGCCCGCGACGAUGAAAAUCCGAAUCACUUCCACGUCUUCGAACGCUAUACGGGAAGAGGAACAUUCGAGAAGCAUAUAAAUGCACAGGAAUUCUUGGACUUUGCCAACUCGGGUGCUCUUGCACAACCUCCGAAACCAAAAUUUCUCCACGCACUGAAACCUCUAUGGCAAAAUGGUUGA